AUGCCGGGAUUCAUUUGGAGAUCUGUGUUAAUCCUUCAGGCGAGCACUGCCAUAUACACCGCAGCACAGUUCACCCCAGCUAAGACUUAUGAAGAGUGGUGGGCAUAUAAAGAGGCAGUCCAAGGAAGCUUUGUACCAGGUCCUGCGUUUUGGGGCCUGGUGAACUCCGCGUGGAAUUUAUGUACAAUCGGCAAGAGACAAUCUCCUAUCAAUAUCAACACCAGCCAAAUAAUCUUUGACCCCUUUUUACCUCCACUCAGGCUGAGCUUGGCAGAAACAAAGAUCAGUGGAACAAUGCACAACACAGGACGACAUGUGUCCUUCCGGCCUGAUAAGCAACAUGAAGUUAACAUUUCUGGUGGUCCUCUAUUAUAUAAUCACCGACUUGAAGAAAUAAUGUUGCAUUUUGGCAGCGAGAAUGGCAUUGGGUCAGAGCAUCUCAUGAACAAAGAAGCUGCUGCUGGAGAGGUACAGCUGAUUCAUUAUAACCAGGAUUUGUACAGUAAUGUCAGCGAGGCGUCCCGCAACCCCAAUGGCCUGGCUAUAAUCUCUUUGUUCGUGAAUGUGGCGGACAACUCCAAUCCAUUUCUCAACAGGAUGUUGAACAGAGAAACCAUCACAAGGAUAUCUUUUAGAAAUGAAGCUAAUAUCAUCCAAGAUCUCAGUAUUGAAGAAUUAUAUCCCGAGUCAUUUGGAUUUCUGACUUAUCAAGGUUCGAUGACCAUUCCUCCAUGUUAUGAGACUGUGACUUGGAUCAUAAUUGACAGACCUUUAAAUAUCACUUCAAUGCAGAUGCACUCCCUUCGACUUCUGAGCCAAAACCAACCAUCACAGAUUUUCCAAAGUAUGAGUGACAACUUCCGCCCAGUGCAACCACUUUUCCACCGAGGACUAAGAGGAAAUCUUGAUUUCAGUAAACCAGGUCGAAAAUGUAAAGGAGCAAACUACAAACUUCAUGUGGACAGGCCUCCGUCUUCCAAGAACUGA